AUGGAGAGCACGUUUUCUCCUCAGCUUUGUUUUAAACUAUUUACGGCUGUGAGCGCUUCAGGUCAGGAGUUUGUACACGCGACUACGAUACGAUGGCCGAUACAUGUAUUGAUAGUGUAAUUCUGAAGCUGUACGAAGCAAAUGUGGUUAAAUUUGGAGAGUACAAACUGAAGAGCGGCCUAAUAAGUCCUAUUUACGUCGACUUGAGGGUUUUGGUGUCUCACCCGUCGCUCAUGAAGCAGGUGUCAGGUCUGAUGUACCAGCGGGCACAGGACGAAGAACUGAAGUUUGACUCCGUGUGUGGCGUUCCAUACACAGCACUGCCGCUAGCUACAAUUAUCUGUGCUACGAAUGAAUUGCCCAUGCUCAUCAGGCGAAAGGAGGCCAAAGACUAUGGAACUAAGAAAAUGUUGGAGGGCUCGUUUUCUGAAGGUGAUACCUGUUUGGUCAUUGAGGACACGGUGACCAGCGGUUCCAGCAUUCUGGAGACUGCAGACCUGCUACACAAGCAUGGACUUCAGGUGACAGAUGCCAUAGUACUAAUUGAUCGGGAGCAAGGUGCUGUUGACAUGUUGGCGUCUCGAGGAAUUAAGCUUCAUCCGGUCAUCUCCAUGUUUAAACUGCUCAACGUGCUGCAAGCAGCUGAAUGCAUCGAUGCCCAAACCUCACAGAAUGUCCGCAAGUUCAUCUUGGACAAUAACAAAUUCAGCCUGAGGAAACAUGGCUGCAGUGAUGUUCUUGCUGCCAAACAACCACGUAUAGAUCAGAAUGAGGAGCUGAGCUACGCAGCCAGAGCCGCGCUGCCAAACAUUCACCCUUUGGCAUCAAAGCUGCUGAAGAUCAUGGAUGAGAAGCACUCGAACCUUUGUUUGUCUGCUGAUGUGACCAGUACUAAUGAGCUGCUCCAGCUAGUGGACAGUUUAGGUCCAAAGAUCUGCAUGUUAAAGACUCAUGUCGACAUACUAAAGGACUAUAAUGCAGCAUUCAACCAGACACUGCAGGCUUUGGCUGAGCAGCACAACUUCCUCAUCUUUGAAGAUCGCAAGUUUGCGGACAUUGGAAACACGGUUAAGCACCAGUAUGAAGGUGGCAUGUACCAGAUCUCCUCGUGGUCACACAUUGUAAACGCUCAUGUGGUGCCUGGGCCUGGAGUGGUGAAGGGUCUGAGUGUUGUCGGAAAGCCUUUGGACCGAGGCUGCUUGCUCAUAGCACAGAUGAGCUGUGAAGGCUCGCUGGCCACUGGGGAUUACACAAAGGCAGCACUGAAGAUGGCAGAGGAUCAGUCUGACUUUGUGAUCGGCUUUAUCUGUGGCUCUAAGGUCAGCAACAGACCAGAGUUCCUUCACAUGACUCCUGGAGUACAGAUGCAGACUGGAGGAGAUUCAUUGUGCCAGCAGUACAGCAGCCCAGAGGAAGUUAUUUUUAACAGAGGUUCUGACAUCAUCAUCGUUGGUCGUGGUAUCUUAGAAGCCCCUGACAGGCUGAUGGCUGCUGAGACAUACAAGAAGUCUGGCUGGGACGCUUACAUGAAAAGACUGGGCCAGACUGGCCAGUAAAAGAUGACUGGCCAAAUGAUGAAUUAAACUUCUCGGGAUCCCUGGAAGUCAGAGGAUGUGGGACAUUCCCAAAACACAAAUAUUCACAUGUAGUGGGCUAGCAGUUAUACAACACCAAAAUAGAUCCUUGUCAUUUCAUUUGUGGAUUGGUAUUGCUUUGCUGUUUCAUUGUAUUGAAAAAUAAUCAGUUACACGAUUUAAGUCUUUAAUCAAGCCAUUUGGUUCAUUUAGGCUUCAUACAUUUCCUGCCAUUGCAUGAUUACACUAGCUUCUUGUAAAAAUGCAUCCAAAAUAUGAGGAAGCUAUUGAAAGCAUGUGAACUUCCCUUGAAUUUGAUCUAUUUAGGGGUCAUAUAAAGUAAAUAAUUGUUUUCCAUUCGUGCAAUGAAAAGAAUGUUUUCAUUCAUUGAAAGAUGGGAUGUGCCGUCUUUCACCUUUCAAAUACUUGUACCAUUGCACUCAUUUAUUAUUUGUAUAUAUUAUUAUUACUGUAUUAUCAUUCUGUAGAAUGAUAAAUGCCCCCCCCCCAACAAAAGACACGGUAGGUCUGCAAACAUGCCAGUAAUUGCUCUUAAGUCCCAGUAUUUUGCUGUCAACAUUUGAUUUUACAAUGUGAACAGACAUGGCAACAUUUCAAAAAACGCUUUGAUGAGGGGAUGUAUGGUGAGCCUUUGUAGCUCGCAUCAUUGAGGCAUUUGUAUGUUGUAAUGCAUUUAUUUCUCAGGCUGAGAGAUCCAACCAUGUAGUACAGAACCUGGUGACAGAACUUGAAGUAACCGUUUAUGACCACAUUGUCUAACACGGUCCUGAAAUGAUUACUCUGUCCCAGAGCGCUGCCUGUUUCCACUGUGGCCUUACCUGUUUGUAUCAGUGGAAUUCUUGUUGAUUUAAUGAGCAAAAUUUUUUCUCACAGGGAUUCCCAUUUUCUGUGGCCCACCAGUUUCUUUUCAUGGUGAUGUAAUAAAAACUGAGGUUAAAACUCAGAUUAAAAAUGUUGCAAG